UAUAUAAGCAGCCAUGUUUAAUUGAGUGUAGUGAAAUGUGCUGAUCGAUAAGAACAACUUUUAUAAAUCUGAGGGCGAUAUCGAUAUGAUAAAGUAAAUAAUCACAACGUAACGUUCAGGUAAAUUGAAUAAGAUUAUUUAAUAUUAUCAUAUAUUUGUAAUGGACGAAUACAUUAUACUUCAUUGAACGUGAAUGAAACCAUAAAUGAAAACAUGAUGCAAACACCUAAUUUGGUAAGGAAUAAUGUGGGAUUACCUGUUUUUAUUGCUAAAUUAUGGAAGAUAGUAGAGGAUCCCGAGACCGACGAUCUAAUUUCUUGGGGAUCGGACGGUACGAGUUUUGUUAUUAAGAAUCAAACUCGAUUCUCUAAGGAAUUGCUACCUCUGUAUUUUAAACAUGGCAAUAUGACGAGUUUCGUACGACAAUUAAAUAUGUACGGUUUCAGGAAGAUGACGAAUAUCGCACAGAGUGGACUUCAUCACGAAAACGAAGAGAUAGAAUUCUAUCAUCAAUAUUUUAUUAAAGGACAGGAGUUACUCUUGUCGGAGAUAAAACGAAAGAUUCCUGUUACAAAGAGUGGCCCUAAUAAGAAGAAGACUGAAAUACUGAAGGACAUUAUAAGCGAUGUCGAAACUAUUCACGCCAAUCAGGAGACUCUCGAUUCUACCAUACACGAAAUGAAGCGAGAAAACGAGGCUCUGUGGAGAGAGGUCGCCAUACUACGCCAAAAAGAUAAGAAGCAGCAAAAAGUCGUGGAGAGGCUGGUUCAGUUUUUGGCUUCGAUUAUUCAAACUAAUCGAAAUGUCGGACUUAAACGGAAGAUACCUCUGAUGAUCGAAGGAGACGGCGAAAAGAUUUUGGUGGGCGAGAAAAUUCCGAGAUUAAGUAGGCAGUUAUCGAAAGAUAAAAGACUGAAUGCCGAUUUGUGUAAUGGUUCCUCUUUUUCGAUUUCGGCGAAUAGUCCUACUGGUCCCGUAAUUCACGAAGUGACGGAUUUGGUCAACGAUCCGAUUUUUACCGAUAACGAUGCCGAAAUUAAUCUGUCGUCCGAAGUUCAAGAAGACGUAGCUUCGCCGAUUAAAGCAACUUUAGAUGAAGAGAGUCCAAAUUCGUUUACUGAUUAUCAAGUCGAAACAGAACUGCCAAAUGUCUUGGAUGAACAUCUAUUUGAAUUAAAUGACCCUAUUGAAGUAAUUAGCAGCUCUGAUCCUCUUGAUAAUUUGAAUGCACUUGUUGAAUCGAGUAAAGAUCACUCCUUGAAAAUGAACAAAACUGAUGAAUCUCCAAAAUCCAAAAAAAGCAACAAAAUUAAAGAUCAAGAAUCAAAACAUGAUCAGAUGCAAAUUGCUAUUUCGUCUAAUAGUAAUAAUUUGUCAAAUUCACUUCAAAAUAAUUUUGCAGAUAUACUGGAAAAUAUUUCACCUGAUUUGGACUGGAUUCAUGAACUUAUGCCUAGUUCCUCUUUAUUAGAACUUAGUGCAGACGAAAAUUUAACUCAUCUCACAGAAUUUUUACAAGAAGAAAAUGAUGAUGACAUAAUUAAAGGAAAUGAAAUAAUGAAGUAUUCUCCAGUCAAUAUUGAUUCUUCAACUCCAUUUCAUGAAGAUUUGUUUAAUGAUGUUAAUAUUGAAAAUGAAUUGGAUAUUGAUUAAGAAAUACAUAUGUGUGUAUGUAUGUAUCACUCAAACAUACAAAGGAGCUGUGAUGUAUUUAUUAAACAAUAGUAUUUUUGGAUUCUUAAAAUAAACAAGCUUGUUAUUUCUACAUAUAUUAAGAAUUUUCCUUGUCAACAUUUAACGUUUCCUCUAACUUCAAUUGAUAUUUUAAAAUUCUUACUAUUGUUAAUGUAUGUUUUUUUUCCAUUUGUGAUUUUUUACAAUUUUAAAGAAAUGAAAUUUCUUAUAAAAUUGUAAUUAUCAAAAUA